CGCGCUAACCACCGUGCCUAACUCGGCCAGAGCUCCAACCGCCCCAGAGCUUCACGCGAGAUCUCGACCAGACUCCAUUUCCAUUCGCAACGUUCUCCGCAAGUCAGACCCAGCCCGCAACUCACCCCAGCUACGCAAGAUCUCCCAAGUCAAAGGUCCGGUCUGGUAGCAGGAGCCCCUGUCGAAGAACAAGAACAUGGCCGCCAUGUUCAGCCAGAACCCGCUCAUGAACGGGCCGAACUACUCGUUCAACGAUGCGCCCAGAAGCAACGCACCCGAUGGUGCCCGAGAGCAUCGCUUUGAUCCAUACGCCGACAACGGCGGCUCGACCCUCGCGAUCGCGGGAGCCGACUUCACCAUCAUGGCCGGCGACACACGCCUUACCUCUGGCUACAGCAUCAACUCGCGGUUUCACCCCAAGCUGUUCAAGAUCGGUGGCUCGACAGCAGACCAGAAGGAUGCGACUCUCGUGCUCUCGGUGGUGGGCUUUGCGGCCGACGGGGAGGCUCUCAAAGAACGGCUGGACGCCAUCUGCAAGAUGUACCGCUAUCGUCACGGCAAGCCCAUGAGCGUCAAGGCUUGCGCGCAGCGGCUGUCAACAAUUCUGUACCAGAAGCGCUUCUUCCCGUACUAUGUACACGCGAUCCUGGGCGGACUGGACGAGGACGGCAAGGGCGCUGUGUAUUCGUACGACCCCGUCGGCAGCUACGAGCGGGAGCAGUGCCGGGCUGGCGGCGCCGCUGCGAGCCUCAUUAUGCCCUUCCUGGACAACCAGGUCAACUUCAAGAACCAGUACGUUCCAAACAGCGGCGAGGGCCACGCUCUCCAGGAGCGCGAGCGGCGGCCCCUGACGCGGGCCGAGGUUGAGAUGCUGGUCAAGGAUGCGUUCGACGGGGCGGUAGAGCGGCACAUUGAGGUGGGCGACGGUUUGCAGAUGAUGGCCAUCACCAAGGACGGCAUCGAGGAGAUCGUGCUGCCACUGAAGAAGGAUUAAAUGCAGAGUCGCAGCCUCGACGGCCGCCAUGGACAUUUACGCUGGGCCUUUCGUGGCUCGAUCGCAACCAUGUCCAGCUCCGGAGGUAGAGGUCCAUGGCCCAGAUGCAGCAUCAAACGUGAAGCCGGAAUUAUGAACCAUCCGUCUACAGCUUGCAUAUUAUUUUGCUCCGUCACUGCUUGUGUCCCAGGCCCAAUGGCACGGGGUGCGGAGCCAGUGAUCCGAAACACUUGAGAUCACUUGCCUUGAAGUCGCU